GCGGUGUGACCGUAGCGCGUAGACGCGGAGGAAUACCCGCCGCGGCGCGCAGACUCAAGCUCUAUAGCAACGGAUUCAACAAGCGGAGGACGAAAAAGGACGUCUUUUUUCUUGGAGCUGGUUGGUUUUUUCCCGAAUGUGUGAGUCACUGAAGAGAUCGUAGGCUGCUGAAUUCUCGAAAGUCUAUCUGAAGGUCAAGGUGGAGAAAAGGAUUGCUUUGAGAGAGAGAGGGGAUCUUUUGCGACCCUGAGUGGCCGAUUGAUUACGGAUGAGAAAAAAUUCGAGAUAAGUACCGUGAACAUUUUCGGCGGUGAAUCGAUCCGUUCGACUCGAAGUACGCCUGACUGAUUGACCGCCAUUACGGCAUCACAAAUUUAACAUCAAAGGCUGCCCUCUUUUUUUGGACUCAGUGCUACCGGUUAAUACGUGUUUAUCCUUUAACGAUUUCUUAUGGUUGGUUCCCGUUCACAUCAUCUCAGUGUAUUCUUUAGUGUUUAAUUACCGAUUUAUUUGUAUCGUUCAUUGGUCUCGACUUUUGGUGUACGCUCGCAUUGCCAUUAUUUCUUCAUUGCAUGGUCCAUUGUCGCCUUACGAAUAUCUUGUUCAACAAGUUAUGCAUUUACCGGUUUCUUAUGAUUGAAUUCCGGUCCUAGUCUUCUGAUUUAUUCAUGGAAUGUCAUAUUAUUGACCGAUCUGUAUGUUUAUUCAUGUGUAUACGUAUUUAAUGGUUUAUUUUCGACAAACGUUCACAUUAGUCUUGUUUAUGUCAUUUGGAGACUGAUCACUGAUGUACAUUUAUAUUUACGAAUUACUUGAUGGCUUAAUUCAUGGCAUUCGUUCACCUUGGUUGCUCGUAUAAUACAAUGUCUGCUUCUCAAGUUAAAGUCAAAUUCAUGGUUAAUUUUCUCCAUAUUGGUUUACGUUUACAUGCUUUUUACCUACGUUAACGGCUAUUUAUUACUUCACAUUUAUGCUUAUGCAUUUGUUUUUGCAUUCAAUGAUUGAUUCAUUUUCCGCUCACUUUCCGCGUCUAUUACUCUGAUCGCAUUCACUGUCGGGUUAAUUAUCGUUUUACAUCUGCGCUAAUGCAUUCUAAAGGGUCAUCUACAAUGGAGAGUCGUAGGCCGUAGCAGUAGUUGUAGAAAAUAUUUCCAUUUCGUACUACCUACUGCCUACUGCCUACGACUAGUGUUCCUAGCAUCCCUAGUAUUCUAAGGAGACGUACCUAUCACUACUUAUUGCACUAGUUCAGAAGUGCAGCGAAAAAGACCUAACCUAAUAUUGAGUUAGUAUUAUGUUAGAAUUAUGAAGUAGCUUGAGUGUGCUUUUUAGUAUUUAAAUAAAUUUGUUUUUUUAUUUAAAUAAAAUAUUCGAAACGCGAUGUCUGAUGAAGAAGUAUUUGAUGUAAAUGACGUUGAUGUAAAUGAGGAGGAUGAUGAAUAUAACGUUUCUAUGAAGGAAGAACUGAUAGCACUUGUCAAAGCUAAUCCCGCUCUGUACGCGAAAUUGGAAGAGUAUGCUGGUAAAAAGUUUUGCAAAGACUUGGCUUGGGAGAGUAUCGGAUAUAGCUUGUCGAAGCAAAUAUCAGGGAAAGAAGCCGCCAAAAUAUGGUAUAGCAUUCGCCAGCGAUUUGGUAGGGAAAGACGGAAGGUCGUAACAUCUGUCAAAGGAAAAUCUUGAUAAGAGAAGAAGCCCCUGUAUGUGCCAAAAUGGCCUCUUUAUCCUCUUUGUUUAUUUUUGGCGGACCAUAUUAUGCCUCGCAAAACUGCCAGUAAUUACGUGUCAUAUAAUAAUAUGAAAAAGAUCACAACCACUGGAAAAACUUCUUUUUCCCCACUAUUUAUUUUGCCUUCACCAUCAUCAUCAUCACCAUCACCAUCACCAUCACCAUCACCAUUACCAUCACCAUCAUCAUCACCAUCAACAUUAGCACCAUUACCAAUAUCAACACCAUCUCCACAAGUAUUGUUUUUCUCUCCGUCAAGUUCAUGGUCUAGUGAUUUAGAGUCAACAUAUAGCAAUAAUGCUACAUCUGUGUCCUCGAUUAAUGAUAGCAAAAAAAAGGAAGCUAUCAUACGAGCAUCAACAUCUUCAUCCAAUAGCCUGAAUGUACAGGAAUGUUCUGCAUCAGUUACUACACCAUUACUGUCACCAUCUGAGUAGGUGCUGAAAACGAUACAGAGUACACAAAGUAAAAGAACUGUUCCUGAACUUGAUCAGUUCGCUAAACGCAAGAAGAAAGAUGAUGAUUUCUUAAUGCAAGCAAUAGCUAAGCAGUCAACAGUUUUGACUAAUUUUGCUACAAAAUUAGAGGAGUCCUUCAUAAAUAAACCUACGGUAAUGAUCACAAACUUAGAUCAGUGUAUCUCUCAGGCCAAAGUAUCUACUGUUUCCUCAGCAUUAUCUGAAAAUAAUCCAGUCUUAGUUGUCAUUGGAUAUGCUCUUAAGUCUGUACCUGAAGAAAAGCGUCUCGAAUGUAUGUGUGAAGUGCUCAACGUUAUAAAAUCAAAGUAUCUAUAAUCUAUAUGAUAGCAGAUGUUCAACAU